ACUUCUUUCGCCUUCGUCUUCCAAGGGACCGGGUCUGCAUAACAUGAAAGUGACAGCACUAGCGUCCUAAGAUGAUCCUUGGAUGUUCUCCAUGAGCACGGCUGAUCGAAUGCGAUUCUAUAGACUUAUCAUCGGGAUGUCCAACUUCGGUCUUCCCUACGUCGGUUUCUGUGCCACCCUACAACACAUUAUCUCUAACCGGUAGUCCCUUCGACUUUGCAGUACAAUCACUGAACUCUGAAGCUGGGAGAAACGGUCGACGAACGACAUGAGCUUCGAAGGCAUCCAUUACACCGACUCUGUCGGUGACAGCCAUUGCAGUCUGUCAACGGGGAAUGGGCAGUGAAACACCGGAGGGAACCCUUUUACUGACUUGCACCCGCUGAAUUAGCAUCGGUCUGGCUCUUGCUACGAAGUAUAUAAGCAUCGCCUGGACCGCUGGAGUAGACCAGUGCCCCGCCAGUCAUCACUACAGUACUCCAAGUCAAUCUCAAUUGUCGUCAUGAAGUUCACUCUGGCUGCCGCCUUCAUCUCCACCAUCUUCCUCAGUGCCACCGCUCUUCCUGAGCCCGAGGCGGCCCGUCUCCAGCGUCGCACCUGUAACUACCCUACCGUUCCUCUCCUCCGAGCCUGGCAACCUGUGGUCGCGGAUCACUUCUAUACCACGGACGCCACUGAGAUGAACAACGCGGUGGCCCUCCUGGGCUACGACCGAGAGGGUAACGCGGCGACGGUUCAUCCCGAGCAGACCCCGAUCACGAUCCCGCUCUACCGCGUCUACAACCCCGUUAUUUUCGACCACUUCUACACCACCUCGGCCAGCGAACGCGACAACGCCGUCCAGGCCCUUGGGUACUCUGAUGAGGGCAUCGCCGCUUACGUGUACGAGACACAGCUGUGCGGUACCGUGCCUCUGUACAGGAUGUUCAACGCCGUCGCCACGGACCACUUUUACACGACCGACGCGGCUGAGAAGGACAAUGCCGUCAACGGAGGAUACACUUACGAGGGUAUUGCGGCCUAUGUGAACCCUCAGCCCUGAUUCUCUUUCUUUCCUUCUUGACUAGCGACAAUAUGUGCCGCAACAAACGGUUAGGCUGCACGGAGGGUGUCGAGGUGUUGCUGUGUUGCUUGUAACUCAGAUUUGAGACCACCACUCCUUUGGUUGCUUCUUAUUCUACACCUGCGUAAUC